AACAUUCGAAUUGAUAUCAAAUGUGACUUUAGUAAAUGACAGAUGGCGAUAAAUGAAAAUUUAUGCUGUUUUUUUUAUUCGUUUCUAACGGGUACAGCAGUUAUGGCAAAAUUUGGAUCAAUUGAUUAUCCUCAUAAUCGUUAUAAUCCAUUAUUGGAUGAAUGGAUUCUAGUUUGUCCACAUCGAAGCAAAAGACCAUGGAUGGGUAAAAUUGAAAAAAAAGAAGAUCAUCAAAAUCAAUCGAAUGAAACGGCGGCAGGAGAAAAGCUUAAUGCUUUAUCACCUGGUGGUAUACGUGCAAAUGGAAUUCAAAAUCCAUUAUACAAUAGUACAUAUGUGUUUGAUAAUGAUUUUCCUGCAUUGAUCGAUACGGAAUGUCCGGAUAAUCUGAACAUUGAUAAUAAUAAUGAUGAUAGUCAAUUGUUUCGCGUUCAACCAGCACGUGGCCGUUGUCGUGUUAUGUGUUUUCAUCCAUCAUCACGUUUAUCAUUACCAUUAAUGUCGAUCGAUGAAAUAUUGGCUGUCAUUAAUGCUUGGAUCGGAGAAUUGUUGAAAUUGGGACCAAUCUAUCGAUGGGUACAAAUAUUUGAAAAUAAAGGUGCAAUAAUGGGUUGUUCAAAUCCACAUCCACAUUGUCAAAUUUGGGCUAGUCAUUUUUUGCCAAAUAUACCACGGAAAAAAGAUCAACAACAACGUAAUUAUUUUGAAAAAUAUGGACGUGCAAUGCUUUGGGAUUAUGUUCAAAAAGAAUUAUCAAAUGAAGAACGUAUUGUAAUUAGGAAUGAACAUUGGCUAGCAUUGGUUCCUUUUUGGGCAACAUGGCCUUUUGAAACUAUGUUAUUACCUUAUCAUCGAUCCAUACAAAGAUUGAAUGAUAUUAAUGAAAUGGAAAAAAAAUCUUUAGCUUCUAUAAUGAAAGGUUUACUAACCAUUUAUGAUAAUCUUUUUGAAAUAUCAUUUCCAUAUUCAAUGGGAUGGCAUGGUGCACCAACCGGUCCCGAAUAUUUUGAUUCAAAACAAUCACAUUGGAUAUUGCAUGCUGUUUAUUAUCCACCAUUAUUACGAUCGGCAACAAUUAAAAAAUUUAUGGUCGGUUAUGAACUGUGUGCACAAUCACAAAGAGAUAUAACACCGGAAAAAGCUGCCGAAAUUCUUCGUCAACAAAAUCCAAAUAAACAUUAUAAAACAUGAUUCUAAAUAAAUGAAGAAAG